AUGGCCUCUACAAUGAAGGGCAGUGAGAGGCGCCAUAACCCAGUGGAGAGCAUCUGUAGGAAAAUCAGAGCCAUCCAAAAGAGGGAAGAGCUUUCCAAUCAGAGUCAACAGAUGAUCAAGUACCAAUCCGGUAAUUUUGAUAGGCCACAGGAUAACAGCAGGAAGGACUUUGAAGGGAUACUGAAGAAAACCGCUGCGGCUCACAUUCUUACACCCAACACGCACUUCUCAGCUUCUGAGAAAGAAGAUGCGCUCAUCUCAUCUCCCCAAACAGGGUCUCCGAGAACCCCAUCCGUCUCUCAGCUCAGCUCCCCUGAGAAUGCAACCUACUCCACCCUCAAGCGUUCUGAAAACGUCUCAAGGCUAUCACAGAGCUCUCAGAAUGACCCAUCGCUGGCAUCACAGACCAGAAUGCGGAAGUCCUUCUCUAGCAAGGAUUUGAAUUACUAUGAGAUCGAAAAUCACUUUCGUAUCUUAAAACUUGACUUUGAUUCCACCUCUGAUCAAAGCUCUGAAAUUUUUACUCCUCGGGACUCAGUGGUAAAAAAAUUGUCUCUGAAUGAAGAUGUAACGGGUAUUAACAGGACCUGUGAAGAGUUCUUCACACGUGUUUUUCAUGCAUGUGACACAAACUGCAGCGUUAAGAUGCUCACAGAUAUAACGGAGUCUGCAUCAGGGAACUUCGAGGCUUUGGGCGGAGACAUGUCUAGAGGAAUCUUAGAGAUGUCUGGCUUGAUUACCUAUCUAGAAGAGCUGCAUUUCAACAAGCAGAAAUUGGAGGAGGAAAAUAAUCAGCUCAAGUUGGCAUUGGAAGCCUUGGAAGAAGCUAACAGCCAGUUAUCGGAGGACUGUACUGAACUGCGCCUGCAGAUAAAAAGUGCCCACCAGGCUAUUAUGAGAACAAAUCUGUUACAAGAAGAACUAGAGGAACUGAAAACUAGUAUGAGUGCUUCAGAAGAGCAGAAGACCACAAUUGUAGCCGAGAACAAACAAUUAGAGGCAGAAAACCGGGCUCUGAUUCUUAAGAUUCGGACUCUUCAAGAGGAGAAUACCAAAAAUAUUCUGGAUAUAUAUACAUUGGAAAAAAAUAUUGAGGAAUUGUCUAAAACUGGGAUGGAGCACCAAAUGGAGUUACGCAUGUAUGAGAACACUUUGCUUAAUAAAGAUGCAAGUUUGCAGAAGAAGGAUUUAAGUAUAGAAGAACUUAAGUCAACCAUUGUAGAAUAUGGAAACAUUAUAGAGAAUUUACGAGGGGAAAAAAACAAACUGGCUUAUGAGUUACAGCACUUGCAACAGGAACUCAUCAUGAAUGGGAUCCAGUUGGAUGUUAGUGAAGAACAUAAGAGCACCAUCUCUGAAGGAGAAAAAUCUUUACAUUGUGAACUCAUUCUUGCUCAGUCUGCAGAGAAUACUGAAACUGAGCAGCAGUGCAGUUUAAUCAGCUUGUCAUCUCUGGACACAGUGAUGGACCAAGACAUGCUGCUGUCACUGAGAGAACCCGAGCAGAAGGGAGUGGCAUUCACAGCUACUCUCCUGAAGCUGCAUGAAGACAUUUCUGAAGUGGAAACCCUCAUUGACAGCCCUCUCCAGUGGGUAACUAGUCCAGAAAUUACUGUGAAAGGAAUGUGGGAGGACAUGCUUACUGAAUACAAAUAUACCAUGGAAGAGAAACUAAAUAUUUGCAUAUUAAUGCUGAAGAGCUUGGGAAACCACAAAGAAUCUCUUGAUAAAGAGUUUGUCAAGUUGAUGGAGAUUUUGAAGAGAUUUGGGCUGCAAUAUUUUUAUUUCAGAAAGGAAUAUUUUUCCAGGCAGAAACAACUAGAAGCCAUCAAACAACUGCAAGAAGAUGCUGUCCACCAGGAAGCCAUCCUCAGGAAGAAGGUCCAGGAAGCCAGCCAACGGCUAGAGGAUGCAGAGGAGCAGGGUGAGGACCGAGAGGGCACAGCCCACUGUGCCAGGGAAGAGGCGAAGUCUUCGCUGCAUCCAUUGGAGGAAGCAAUUUCAGAACAACUGAGUCUCCAGACUAUAAAUACCGAGCUAGUGUGCACUUGCCAGGCCCUGGAGCAGAAGACAAGGAAACCGAAAACAACAAUCAAGUCACUAAGAAAGAAGUUAAUCCAAGGACAACUCCAUGGCUUCUUGUUUCAGAGCUGUUUAGAUGAGGAAUUUCCUCAUUAUGAUCCUUUGUCCUGGACAGAUACAAUUCACCAACAUCUUCAAGAACAACUGAAGCAGUGUUGCCAUAAACAAUCUAGUGGUCAAGAAGCAAGAAUACAUAAGACUCCCCUGACCUUCAAACGUACAUGCUGGUACACACCCCUGCUCGAUGCCUUGCAUCUGGAUAGUCUUACACUGACCCUAAGACCGUCACUGACACCUUUCUCAUGUAUAGCUAACCAAGUCCAUGCUUCAGGUCAAAGGCCCAAAUGUGGAAAAAUAGAGGAUGGUGCUUUGGAUGUGACUAGAACACACAAGCUCCCAGGCCCUACAAUUGGCCCCUACCCGGGAACAGAUCUUUCUAAUUGCAUCAGGAUGAAUGAAGACCUAAGUAUGGAAGAGAAUGGUAUCGAACUCUUGAAUUCUGAGAGCCUGCCACAGUUCAGAGAUCAUACCACACUAUCGUCUCCUGGACACACGUCAUCCUCUGAGAGUACUGUAACUUCAAGUGAUUCCGGGUCAGAAACUUUGAAUAAGGCUUCUGGUUACUUUGAUUGUAAAUUACUCUGUGAGAAAAAGAAGGAUAGAUCAGAUUCUAUGAUAAAAGUCAAAGACACAAGUCCAGAUCACGAGAAUAUUGCACUCCAAAACUCUGUGAAUGAGAACAAAACCAUGUUAAAUCUGGAAGCCAAAGAGGAAACAAAAACAAUAGAUGAUCCUAGAAAAGAAUGUGUCGCAGGAGACGCUGCUGUUUCCUCUGCUCCUGUAACCACUGUGAAAUUGGUUAACUUUAAACAAAGUGACAACAUUUCUGCAAAUGAGAAGGAGGUAGAGGCCGAAUUUCUCAGAUUAUCUUUGGGAUUUAAGUGUGACUGGUUCACCUUAGAGAAAAGACUGAAGCUUGAAGAAAGAACCCGUGACUUGGCAGAAGAAAAUCUGAAGAGAGAAAUCACUAACUGUGUGAAGCUGUUGGAGUUGUUAACACCUCUUUGUGAAGAGGACAGCCAGGCCCAGGAGAUCAUCAAGAAGCUGGAGAACAGUAUAACGUUCCUCAGCCAGUGCACACUACGAGUGGCCAGUAGGGCUGAGAUGUUGGGAGCCAUUAAUCAGGAAAGCCGGGUUAGCAAAGCAGUUGAAGUAAUGAUUCAGCAUGUAGAAAAUCUGAAGAGAAUGUAUGCCAAAGAACACGCUGAAUUAGAAGAACUGAAACAGGUUCUUUUGCAAAAUGAAAGGUCUUUUAACCCUCUGGAAGAUGAAGAUGACUGUCAAAUUAAAAAACGCUCAGCUUCUCUAAACUCCAAGCCAUCUUCUCUUCGAAGAGUGACAAUUGCCUCUUUACCCAGAAAUAUUGGCACUGCCGCAAUGACUUCUGGGAAGGAAAACAAUGACCGAUUCAGUAGGAGGUCAAGUAGUUGGCGUGUUUUGGGGUCAAAGCAGAGUGAACACCGCCCCUCAUUACAACGGUUUAUCAGUACCUAUUCCUGGGCAGAUGGUGAAGAAGAAAAAUGUGAGCUCAAAACUAAAGAUGAUGCAGAGCCCCCCGGAGAAGAAAUAAUAGAAAGGACAAGGAAGCCGAGUCUUUCUGAAAAGAGGAAUAAUCCAUCGAAAUGGGAUGUCUCUUCAGUCUAUGACACAAUAGCUUCCUGGGCAACAAAUCUCAAGACCUCCAUCAGGAAGGCUAAUAAGGCACUCUGGCUUUCCGUUGCGUUGGUUGUACUGUUUGCGGCUUUGAUAAGCUUCCUCACAGGCCGGUUUUUCCAGAAGUCCGUGGAUGCUGCCCCCACCCAGGAUGGAGACUCCUGGAUGUCUCUAGAACAUAUCUUGUGGCCAUUUACCAGACUCCAACACAACGGGCCACCGCCAGUGUGACUGUAGGAUGUCCUAAUGUGUGUAUGUUGAUUUUUUAAAGUUUCAGUAUCCGAAUUUUGUAAAUGAGUAACAUAUAGCUGGAUCCGGAGGUUCUCAGAAUGACUAAGAUUUUUAAAUUCCCUCUUUUUGUGAUUACCUUCCCAUGACCUUUUAAUGAGCUUAUUGAGAAGGAUAUAUUAUAUAAAGUUGUUUGUUAACUUUUGUUGAAAUAAAGAAUCAUUAAAUUUCA